AUGAUUAUAGAAGAUACUCUGUCAGCUUUCUUGGGUGAAAGGAAUAUACUUGAUGGUAUUCUAAUUGCAAAUGAGGUGGUGGAUAGUUGGUCUAAAUCUAAGAAAAAAGGGCUGUUGUUUAAGCUAGAUUUCAGAAAGGCUUUUGAUUCCAUUAAUUGGAACUUCUUUUUCUUAAUGCUAGCAAAUUUUGACUUUAGUGCUAAGGGGACUUCUUGGAUAAAAGAAUGUGUCUCUACUGCAAGACUAUCUGUCCUUGUUAAUGGUUCACCUACCAUGGAAUUUAGUCCCCAAAAAGGCCUAAGAAGCACUGAAUAUACUCCUGCAGAGAGCUAG